AUGCUACCGGUCUCGUUCUCUCACCCCCCCGCCUGGGUUGACAGCCGUGCACGCGCAGUGGUGAAGUUGGCGGUUGACAGCCAUGCGCCUGGCUCAACGCUCCUUUCCCUGCCGCCUUGCCACCCUUCCUCUCGUUUCCGCUGUCUUGCCGCGCACGCAUUCCCAACUCUCCCUCUCCCCCCCCCUUUCCCCCGCUCUCUCCCCCCCCCCCCCCUCCCCCCCCCUUCUUCCCCCUCUCUCCCCCCAUACUUUCCCCCCCUUCCCCUUUCACUCCAAACCCCUUUUUUCCUCCGCGCAGCGGUGAAGGCGGCCGUUGACAGCCAUGCGCGCGUGCUCGCGGGGGAGAGGUGGGUGCGCACCUACGGCAACUUCCGCGUGGCGCGGGAGGUGAAUAUCGGCCAGACGCCUUCCGCCGCGCCUGAGGGUCCGGUGGUGGCGGCGGCGUCCGCUGCGCGCCAGUCGAUCGGGCUGCUGGGCAUUAAAUCUUUCUUCGAAGACGCCGCUGAUGCCACCAGCGGCAAUGGCGCCGCGGAUUCCGCCAGCGCCGUUAACGGCGCCGCAGCUACAGCCGGGCCGUUCGUUGCGGCGGGGAACGACGCGAGCGUCGCGAAUGCGCUCGCGAACGGCGCAACGGACAGCAGCAGCGGGGCCUCGUCGUCCUCCUCCUCCGCAGCUACCGCCGGGCCGUUUGUAGCGGUGGGGAACGAUGCGAGCGUCGCGAAAGCUCUGGAGAACGGCGGAACGGACAGCAACAGCGGAACCUCGUCCUCCUCUUCCUCCGCCUCCUCCGCAGCUGCAGCCGGGCCGUUCGUAGCGGCGGCGGGGAACGACGCGAGCGUCGCGAGUGUGCUGGAGAGCGGCGCAACGGACAGCAACAGCGGGCUGUCCGCCCCGUCGUUAUCCUCCUCCUCCUCCCAAUCCUCGUCCUCGUCGUCCUCCCCAGAAUCAGCCCCUGUGUUCAAGGCCAAGGGGUGGAUGCUGCCUCACGCCCAGCAGCCUUCAGAUCUUGCCCCCAAGUCCAUCGCGUUCCACGGCGGAGCGGUGCUAUCCGACCCCAUCACCGUCUACCUCAUCUGGCACGGCACGUGGACUGACGAGCGCAAGGCGCCCGUGCGCGCCUUCAUCCAGUCUUUGGCGGACGCGGGCGCGGGCAGCGCGGGGGGGAGCGCGGGGGGGAGCAGCGAGGCGGGGAGUGUGCGCGAGUGGUGGAACGUCAACCGGCUGUAUCAUUCAGGCCGCGAGCACGUCACUGGGAGCAUCGUACUCGGGACCCCCGAGGUGGAGAUCGAGGCAGCGAGCAGCGGCGAGGGGCAGCCACCGGCAUCCAAGAACGAGGUCAACGCCAUCAUCAACUACCAGCUCCGUUCGCGCACCCUCCCACGCCACGAUUCCGCCAUCUACGCCGUCUUCACCUCUGAUGACGUCGACAUGGCCGGCUUCGGCUCGUCCUUUUGCGCCUUCCAUGACGUCAGCACGGUGCACUUCACCUGGACGGGCCUGCCGUCCAGGUUCAUCCCCCAGUGCACGCAUGCAGCCGCUCCAGGUAACACCUACCCCCACGGGGACAGGGCACUGGCCGGGCUGAUCUCGAAUUUCGCCCAUGUGCUUGCCGCAGCUGCGGCGAACCCGAACCUGCUGUCCUGGUUCGACAAGGAGGGUCGGGAGGCCAUGGGUCUGUGCGGUAACAACUGGGGCACGGUACAUACCAGUAGGGAUCCCCUGCCGGUGGAGUACAAUGCGGUGGGGAAGGGUGGAGAGCGGUUUCUUCUGCCCACAAACCUCAAUCCUGUUACUGGUAGCUGUGUCAACGGUCUUUCAGUCUUGCCGGGUCAAUGUGGGCCCAAGUUUUUCGGCUUCCCCUGUGACACAGUCACUGCUACCGAGGCUGGUACCGAACCUCCUGCCGAAGCUGCCGCAGCAGGCUCGGACGGCCUGGGGAGUGGGGCAGGGUCGGGGUUGGGAGCGGCGGCAGCGAGUGUGGUCGGGGGGGAGGCGGAAAAAGCAGUGGUUGGGGGGGAGGGGGAUGCAAGGAAAGUAAAGGACCCUCGAGUGGCUGAAGCAGAGGCAGCAGGCCUGGAUCUAUCAGUUGGGGGGAAGAACGUGGGGAGAUUCUUGGAACCGGGGCAAUUUGACCCGGCUAAAGGGGACAGGGACGAGGAUGAUGGGAGCAAGGGGCAGGGUGGGGAGAGUGCGGUCGAUUCGGGUGCGGGCUCGAACGUGUUUGAGAGCACGGGGUAUGCGGAUAAGGGUGGGGAGGAGGAGAGGCGUGGGGAAGGGGGUGAUGUGUAUGGUGGUACGAAGGGUGGCGACCCGUUUGCUGUGGAAAGGACAGGGGAAGAGGGGUUGGGGGCGGAUGAGGAGGUGGGGGCAAGCGAGAAGGUGGGAGCAGGUGCUGGUGCAGGAGCAGAGGACAAGAGUGAGGGGAAGGGAGAGGGGGACACUGAUGGUGAUGAUGUGUUUCAGAGCACAGGGUACCCCCCAGAUAGCUCGGCGGACGAGGAGGAGGAGAGCAAGCCUAAGGCAGGUGGUGGGGGAGGCGGGAGUGCGGGGGCGGAGGGGAAGGCUCAACCGGGGGAGGUGAACCCGUUUGUGCACCACUCUAACCUGGAUGAGAAUCCCGCUGCUGCUGCUGCUUUGGCUGGGGGAGGUACUGGCGAUGAUGGUGGGAAUAGUGAGGGCGGUACUGGUGAGGGUAGCACGGGGGAUGAUGGGGGCAGUGGCGUGGGUGCUGACACUGAGGAAACCAGUGAGAGUGGUGAUGGGGACGUGUUUGAGAGGCUUGGAUACAGUGAGGGUGGCGAGCAGGGUGAGGGGAGUGAGAAGGGCGAGGAAGGUGAGGAGGGAAGUGAGGGCAAGGGCGGGGAGAGCGAGGAAGGGGGCGAGGAGGGCGGUAGUGGAGAUGGCUCUAACGUGUUUGAAAACACAGGGUACCCUGAUAGCGACGAUGCCCAUGGUGCCAGUUCUGCCAGUGCUGCUACCAACGAUGCACACCCGUCAGCCCUGUUCCCAGGCGGCAGCAACACACCAAUGAACGUAUUUGACGACCUGGGGGACGGGGGCAGUGAGGAGGUGGGAGCGGAUGGAGCGGGGGAGAGCAGCGGGGAGAGUAGCAGCGGCAGUGCGUCAGGUGGAUCGUCAGGUGGUGGCGGUGUGUCUGGGGCAGGCGGUUUGGUGUCAGGUGGGUUCCAGGCGGGGUUAUCAGCGGGGUUUGAGUUUGAUCUGUCCCAGUUUAAGCUGGGCGAGAGGGAGAGCCCUUCUGCUCCGCACUUGUUCCCCGACGCUGCCGCUGCUGCGGCAGUGGGAUCAAAGGGGGAGGUGCAGCAGCAGCAGCAGCAGCAGCAGCAGCAGCCACAGCAGCCGGAGCAGCCGCAGCAGGAGGAGAGGGAGAAGUGGGUGUUCUCAGGGGUUUAG